AUGGCGUUUAUUAAAGAGGAGAGUGAAGAUGUGAAGAUUGAAGAAGCAUUCACAGUCAAACAGGAAGAUCUGCAGGAACAAACAGACCUGAUGGUGCUGAAAGAAGAAACUCAUCAAUGGAAUAAAAUGGAAGAGCAACACCAAGAAAUAACGACUGAUGAAAAACCCACACUGACUAAAAAGACUUCAUGCAGAAGACCUCAGAAAUCCAAAUCUAAGUGUAAUUUCAGCAGUAAACAGUGUAGAAAGAGUUUUAGUCAAAAGCCAAACUAUGAUGUUUACAUGAGAGUUCACACUAGGGAGAAACCUUACACUUGCGAACAGUGUGGAAAGAGUUUUGGUCAUAAACAAAGCUUCAAAACCCACAUGAGAAUUCACACUGGAGAGAAGCCGUACACAUGCCAACAGUGUGAACAAAGCUUCUAUCAUGCAGGAAACUUUGCAGUGCACAAAAGAAUUCACACUGGAGAGAGGCCCUACACAUGCCAACAGUGUGGAAAGAGUUUUAAGCAAAGUGGCAACCUUAAAGACCACAUUAGAACUCACAAUGGAGGAAAAAUAUUUACUUGCACACAGUGUGGGAAAAGUUUGGCUCGAAAACAAGACCUUUACAUCCACAUGAGGAUUCACACUGGAGAGAAACCUUACACAUGCACAGAGUGUGGUAAAAGUUUCCCAUAUAAAAGCACACUCAAACACCACAUGAUAAGUCACAGCGGAGAGAAGCCGUUUGCAUGUGAUCAGUGUGGAAAGAGCUUCACAACCAAAGCUAGUCUCAUGAACCACAUAGAUGGUCACACUGGAACCAUAAUGUUCACAUGUGAUCAGUGUGGAAAGAGUCUCACACGCAAAGACGCUAUAAAGCAACACAUGAAGACUCACUCAGGAGAGAAUAGUUUUAUAUGCAGUGAAUGUGGAAAGAGCUUAACAAGUAAAAGAAACCUCAACACUCACAUGAAGCUUCACAAUGGAGAGCAGAGUCCUCAAAAAUGAGGCCUUGUCCACAGAAACGCGGGUAUAUCCAAAACGGCAGCUUUUUCAUGUAGUCUGGCUGUUCAUUCAAGUGAAGUUUAUUUAUAAACUACUUUUGAGAGGAUCACAUGCUUAUUAUUGUUCACGACUGGUCUAGCAUUAGCUAACACGAUUCACAAAUCAGAUGAUUCUUGACUCCCUAUAAAUAACAAGAGAUUCUCACCUCUGUUAUCUUCAUCUUGAGAAUUUUCCCCACUCCCCCUCCUUUCUAGAUUGGGCAACAUUGUGGCCCCGUCGUUAGCACUGUUACUUAAAAGCAAGAAUGCCACAGGUUAAAGUCCCCACUGAAACAGUUGACAUUUGUGUGGAGUUUUGCUCAUUCACUGAGCGUGUGGGUUUCUCCCGGGUUCUUCCCACAAUCCCAAAACACACGACCUAGGUAAACUGAACAUUCUAAAUUGGCACCACAGUCGAGCUCUUAGAAGCCAUAUAUCUCCCUUUAGCCAUCCCUAUAUCUGUCAUUAGAACAGAAACAAGUCGGGGAAGUUCAUCGAGAUCUUCCUGAGUUCAAACUCCCCUCUCGCCCUGUUUACAGAAGGGAGCCCAGGGCUCGAGGAUCCAAAGAGCUUAGAGGUCUCUAGCGGAACAAGUGUGAACUCUUGAAUACAUAUCAAGUUACUGAAAAUUAAACUCUUUGAACACCUUAGGAUUUAAACUCAAUUAUUGAAAAGGGGUGAAGAUUUUGACAACUGUUUUAUAGUUCAGGGGUCAGAUCAGAUUGUAGUGUAGAUCUGAGUUGCUGCCGCACUGCAAGAAUGCAAAAUAACUCUAUAUGUUGAUAGAUUGUGUUGCUUGUUUCAUAUGCAAACAAGUAUCUGCAUCUGAAAAGGUGUGAACCAAAUGACCUACAGGAACUCAAGAGUUGUGACCCAACCAAAGCAGUUGGGUAUUCUCCGGGGGGUUACAUCCUUUGUUAUUAAGUAGUCUCUCAAAGACAUUACUUUGGGUUAAGUUACUUUAAGACGGACGAGUUAACAUCACUGCUGAGGAACUGCACUAUUCAUUGUCUUCAAUAAAGUCUUCUCCAUGAAAAAACUUUGGUCAGCUUAC